AAAAUCAAAACAUCUGAUUUGCGGUUCCAUGCUUCAUAUUUCUUCUAGUUUUAUUUUUUCCGGCAUAAAAAACAUUUCAAAAAUGAAUCAAAUAAGAAAUAUUCUCAAAAAGAAUUACUUUACCAACAAUCCAACCCAAUUAUUUGUUCUAACAAGGAACAUUUCCUUGAAUGUCAUCCAUCAAACACAGAAAUCCUAUCCAUCACCUGAAGAUGAGGCUCGCAAAGAAAUAAAAACUGCUCUAGACAUAGAGACAAGUCUCUUUGAGAAUUCUUCAAAGUCCUUUCAACAAGCUACUGCUCCAAGGCAACUUCUCAAAAAUGUUCCAAGGCGAACACGUAAUCCCUUCCCAAGGGAGAAAAAGAAUAAAGAAUCGAUGAUACCAUCUCUCCCUGUUUCAACGCCUCCCAAAUUCAAUGCAAAAACAUAUAAACCCACAAUUAUCCAAGACAAAACACUUGGAUUGAGUUUUACAAAACUCAAGCUAAAUGAUCCGAUAUUAACCAAUCUCCUUACAACUGUUCGAUCAAGUAAACGACGCACAAAGAACCGUCAAAUUAUCAUGGAGGGUAGACGAUUGAUUCUAGAAGCUAUUUCCAGUGGUCUCAAACUGCAAACUAUCAUUUUCAGUCAAAAGGAACAAUUGGAAUUGAUAAGUGAUAGCAUUGGACCAUUGAGAAACAGUAUUGAGAUCUAUAAGGUACCACAACAUGAUUUGAAAAUCUGGUCAACAUUGACAACUCCGCCAGGAUUGUUGGCGAUUUUCGAACGUCCAUCGGAUGGGAAACUAAACUGUCCGCCCGACAAUGAAAUAUUACCCAUAACUGUUAUCUGUGAUAACAUUCGCGAACCCAACAAUUUGGGUAGUAUAAUUAGAACUUGUGCAGCUGUUCCUUGUGAACAGGUAAUCGUCUUGAAAGGAUGUUGUGAUCCUUGGGAAACUAAAGCUCUGAGAGGCGGAUGUGGUGCACAAUUUCGUAUUCAAAUUAAAGAUGACAUCGAAUGGAAUACAAUAUUGAAUCAUCUUCCGGAUGAAUUCAAGACAUUUGCUGCUGAGAGUAGUUUAGAUAAAGUAAAGAAUUACAAGUUCUCAAAUCCAAAAAAAGAGUUAAUUAAGCCAUAUUUUGAGGUGGAUGGAGUGAGUCCACAUUAUGUUAUUAUUAUUGGUGGGGAAACUCAUGGAAUUAGUGAGACGGCUUAUGAUUUUGUAGAUUGUGCAGGAGAUAAUGGAUCGUUUCUUCAUAUCCCUCUCGCUGGCGGUGUAGAGAGUCUGAAUACAAGUUGUGCACUUUCUUUGAUUUUAUUUGAAAUUCGUAGACAAACGAUGAAUGCCGAAGCUACAGAUAAAACAAAUGAAAUAGAUAAAAUUAUUGAAUAAAAGAAAUAUUUAAUUUAAA